UUUGACUUGAGAAAACAUAUUGUCCUCCAAACCGCGCAAAAUGGAUUGAUCUUGUGAUCACAGUAAGUAACUCAGUCAAAAUCAUGUGUUUGGUCGAUAUAAUGUGGGCGUGUCGCAAUGGAAUGACACAACAGUAUAAUCAACAGCUCUGAGAAAUCUCCAGAUGAGAAGAGCAUGGAGAAUGAUGAAUUUCCGCCAGCGGAUGGGGUGGAUAGGUGUCGGACUGUACUUGUUGGCCAGUGUCGCUGCGGUGUAUUAUGUAUUUGAGAUCAGCCAAACAUACAACCGAUUUGCACUGGCACAAAGAGAAGGGGAGGAUGGAGUGCAAAAAAAAUGGUCGGGAGAUGCAUCUUCCUCUUCCCCAUCUUCAUUCUCAUGGAUCGUGACUCUGAAAACGAGACUUCUCCUCCUGCCCUUCUGGGUGUGGGCCACCAUUUUCCUUAUUCCUUACCUCCAGGUGUUUCUCUUUCUUUACUCCUGCACAAGGGCGGACCCCAAGACUGUAGGAUACUGUAUUCUGCCCAUCUGCCUCGCUGUUCUCUGCAACCGUCACCAAACCUUUGCCAAGGCCUCCAAUCAGAUGAGCAGACUGCAGCUUAUUGACACCUGAAGUGAUUGUUAAAGAAGAGGGGUCAGAUUUUGGUCAUACAGUGUGGUGUCCUUGUGGUUGGGUAAUACAAAAGUGCAUUCAUAAAUAAAAUUAUUUUUUUAGGG